CUUAAUCCCCCCCCGCCCUUUUAUCUCUCUCUUCCUCUCUUUCUCUCUCUAAAAAAAUUUUGUUUCUUUGUCCCUUUGUUGUUCUCUUUCUCCCUAUAGAGUUUGUCGACUUCUAGAAUAAAGGAAAUGUGCCACCACCAUAACAACCUCCCUUGUUUGCAUUGCCACCCUCAUAGCUACAUUAGAAUGGUCCAACAUCUCAUAGAGAGAUGUUUGCUACUUUGCAUGGAUCUCGAUGCUUGCGUUGUGGCGCUCGCGAAGCAUGCAAGGAUCCAGCCACUCGUCACGGUGACAGUUUGGAAGGGGCUCUUGAAAGAGAACAGAGGCUUCUUUCAUGCUUAUUUCAGAGCAACAUCUCAACACCCCUCUCACUACAGACCAAUUUUGAAGGCGCCCAAGUUUAGAAGAAGAUGACAAAGAAUGUUAAUACUUGACACUCUGGAAGGAGGCAGCGCUAGGGUUCAUUAGUGUUUGAAUUAGAAUGGAUGGAUAUAUUGUAAGGUUUCUCUUAGAAAAACCCAGCAUCAAGGCUAAAUAAGUUAUUUCCUUUGGGAAUAAAAGUUAUAUUGUCCAAUACUUAUAUUACACAAUCAGAAAAUCUAUGAAAAUUAACCAUAGUUUCUUCCAUCCAUUCCUGUUUAAAUAGUAUGGAAUGAAGUUUCAAGCUUCAACCAUUGGUUUAAAAUGGAUGUGAAUAUUUAUGA